AUGGGCAAGGACCAGACGGCUAAAGAUCCGCCCAAGGAAGGGCUAGGAGAUAUUCUUUUCGACCCAAAAGAGAAGGCAAAGGUUGAUAUUGUCUUCGUACAUGGCCUAGGUGGCGGUAGAACGGAAACAUGGACCUGGAAGAAUCAGUACCGCACACAGUUUUGGCCGCAAACCCUCCUACCCAAGGACUGCCCCACGGCAAGAAUCAUGUCAUUCGGGUACAAUGAAGAUUUUGCACAUUUCUACCCACAAAGUCCGAAAACCGUAGCGCCAGAGUUUACGAUCGAUAACUACUCGAGUUCCCUCUUGCAGGCUUUAGCCGGGCUCAGAGAAAAAUCAGAUACAGCAACCCGUCCGAUAAUCUUCGUGGCACAUAGCUUAGGCGGCCUCGUCGUCGCAAACGCCCUCGCCCGGCCUCAAGGCACAGAGCAGGCUGCGAAGGAAAUCUCUGAUCGCACUGUCGGUACUGUCUUUCUUGGGACCCCGUUCGAAGGAUCCUCCAUCGCCAAGUACGGGCAUGCAGCACUCGGGUUCUUGUCUCAUUUUACGUCAACCCAGACUGCAAACUUGGAAGCUCUCCAGAAACGCUCUGAAAAGCUCACAGCUAUUACCCAUUUGUUUGCGAAGUUCCUAAAGGAACGAGACCGGUCGCCAACACUACCAUACUUGGAGGUUGCUUGCUUCUUCGAAGACCGGCCGCUGUAUAAGGGGCCUAUAAAGAUCGGCAUCAUAGUUCCAAAGGAGUCAGCGAGUUGGCUUGGGGUUGACGCAAUAUCGAUUCCCAAAGACCAUCAAGAGAUGUGCAGAUUCGAAGAUGAGGAUGGAUCUGACUACAAGAGUGUUGCUGCGAAACUACGGCAGUUUAUCGCGGACAGUGAGAAGCCGAGGGAGGCUGGAAAGGGAGGCUUGCUGGGAGCCAAUGCACAGUCAAUUGGGGUGUACCAAGGCAACGUCGACAUGCGGGGCGCUCAAAACCACGGCGGAAUCAUGACCGGGAAUCUACAAACUGAUGCCCAGAAUGGCAUAACGCUUACUGGCAGUGUCAAUCACUACGGUCCUGGCUCAAAGCCGUCAGCUUAG